AUUUUCUUCUCUCCUGGCAUCUCUCCUCUGUGUGGUUGGUGUGUGGGAAAGAGACAUAGUAAGUUUGACAGAGAUAGAGUCAAGACAGGGCUUCGUGAUGAAGACCUGUGUCCUGUUCCUGCUGGUAGUGGGGAGCGUCUACAGCGCACCAGUUGAGCAGGGUGGCAUCCAGCCAGGUUCUUGUGAAGAUCCAUCAGCUGUGAGCGCUGCUCAUUUAGCUCUCAGCAAGAUCAACCUUGACCGAGUGGAUGGCUACGUCUUCAGCCUGCACCGGCUUUCCAAUGUCCACCUGGAUAGACAUGGAGAAAACGGAGUAGUUUAUUAUCUAAAGUUGGAUGUAGUGGAGACCAACUGCAGUGUUCUCAGUAGGAGGGACUGGAAGAAAUGCGAGGCUCGUUCCGAAACUGAGAUGCCAAUUUAUGGACAAUGCAAGGCUGCUAUCUACAUCAACAAGCCACACAGAGUGGUUCGUCUCUACAAAUACAACUGUGUUAUUAGGCCAGUUCCUGCAGCCAGGGUGACAGCGAUUUGCCCCGACUGUUCAACUUUCAUCAGCUUUGACAACGAACAGGUCCAGAGGACCGUGUCUCAAUCAUUGGAAAAGUUCAACAAUGAAAGUGGACUGAAUAAUCAUUUUGCUCUGCUCAAAAUCUUACGCGCUUCUGCCGGCAUGGCAAUGGACAUGUAUUACAAUGUGGAGUACACUAUUCAGGAGACUGUUUGUGGAAAGUAUAAACAGUCACCAGCAGGUGAAAAGUGUCCUAUCAUGACAUGUGAAUUCUCACACAAGGGUUUCUGUAAGGCAUCUCUCAUGAAUACCCCAGUUGGUGAAGACAUUAGGGUAGAGUGUGAAAUCUAUGAGCAAGAGGCUGCUGAAAGAGAAAAAAUACAACAUCUGCUGGGUGAUGCAACUGACCACCCCCACAAUGACACACAUACACAUCAACAUGGGAGGGGCCAUGACGAUGACAAAGAGCGUGGCAAAGGUCAUUCGCAUGGACGUGGGCAUGGACACGCACACGGUCAUCGUAACGGGAGUCAUGAACACGAUCAGGGCCAUGACCAUGGUCAAGGCAGGGGACAUGGACACGGUCACGCCCGGGGACAAUGGCGGGGCCACGAACAUGGCAAAGGUCAUUCAAAUUUAAGUGAACACGAUCACAUCCAUGACCACACCAAGGAUCACUCUCACCAUGAUGUCCCACAUCCUAAAGACAGCAAACAUCACCACACACAUGAUCACAAACCAGGCAGCGCCUACAGGCAUGGGCAUGCCCACUCACAUGACCAUGGACUUGACAGCGAUCAUGAUCACGUUCAUGCCUAUCAUGCCAAGGCACGUCACUACCCUGGUGGCUUUCCCAAUCAGCACCAUAACUACACCCAUCCUGAGGGCACACACACCCAUGACCAUGACCAUGAGCUUGCUUUGGACCAUGAACAUAAGCAUGCCCACCUGCAUGAGCAUGAACAUCACCACCAUCAUCACUUGCAUGAGCAUGAGGCUGAACAACAUGAUGAACCAGAGGGCUUGAUAAGGACUCUGCCUGCCAUUGACCAACCGAUGAUCCUGCCUUCCUUCCCUGACGUUCCCGCAGGUGGGCCUGGAGCUGGAGUCACUCUGCCCCUUAAACCUGACCCCAGUAUUCCAGGACAGACUGAACCAACCAUCCUACCUUUCCCUACUUCUCGCUCAGCAGAGUGUGCCAAUCCAGCAGAAGGAGCCGGUCUAGUGAACAAACUCUUUAAGGAGGAUCCCUUGUUCCAGCCUGUUGCAUGAUGGAACUUAAUUGCUUUUGAAAGAGAGCAAAACUUCUGAGAGAAUUCAGAUUCUAAUUGUUUAAGUAUUGUAACACCUACUUUUCCUGGUUAUUGUUGAAUACCUAACUUGUGAAAUGCCAGCUAUUUUGAACAUUCAAUAAAGACAAAGUGUACAAAAUUAAA